AUGACACCUUCCCCCACACGUACAACCGAGACUCUGUCCUCUUCUCAUUCUCGCCAUGAUCCACCCUUGUAUGUGCAAUUCACAUCUCAAGGGACGCUAGACGUACCAGGUACACUCUUCAUGAGCCAAACACUUUGGACUGUGGGACACGUUAGGGCUUUGGCAGAUCGGAUGAACGAUGUUGAAAGGUGGUUAGUCGAUUAG